AUGGGGACGGCGCUCGAUGCGCUGUCGGCUCCGCCCUUGAAUGUUCGUCGUCCAGCGGCCCCGACACUCCCCAGCUUCGAACUGCCGCCGCCGCCGUUCACCUUGGCCGCCGCGCCCAAGUACGCGCAACCCAGUCAUCCACCAGUCUCCCAUCCGGCAAAUGUGAGUGUGGGAAACCUUUUAACGCCACCCGCCACGAAUCAACCCGAACACGCCACACCCCAGCCCUUGGCGCCUUCAACGGGCGCUUCUUCUGACCUGCCACCGGCAUAUUGGUCAGGGGCUAACCCUUAUGGGCAAACCUGGGGAUCUGGGGUCCAUGCAGUCUAUCCCGCACGAAGCUCUUUUUCGCCUUCGUCCGGCAUGCAGAAUCGCGCGUCAAUAACAUCACCACCAACCACAGAUGGGUUAUCCCAUACAUAUGAGGCUCCUUCAGUAUCCUAUCAAGCUCUACCUGCCCCUUCAACUCUGGCUCCCUCCGGCCAACAACCUAUGGCCAUGUACCCGGGGGGUCCCGCGACCUCUCCUGCGCCGCUCUCCUCCAACGAUCCCUAUGCCCCGAAACACCAGCACAUGUACUCCACAUCUCCGCCCAUGGCGAGUCCCCACCAAACAGGAUUUUCGCCCAUGUACGGUCCUGCGGGACUCGGUAUUCAUCCCCCAGGACGCAUCCCCGCUCACAGUCCCACUGGAGGACAACCGCCUCUAGCAUACCCCCGCCAGCCUUGGCCAUCCUAUUCGCUUCCUGCUAUGAAUGGACCUGUUAUGACAAACGUCCACAGCCCGGGAGGUCCCAUGUCGAUGAUGGGCAUGCAGCCCGGUCUUUUGCCCGGAUUCAGCAGUGGCCACGUCGCAAGCUCCCAGCAUUUGUACGGGGGCCAUCCACCUCCCCACGGCAUGUCCGCCCCGGCCGCCGACCGACCAUUCAAGUGUGAUCAGUGCCCCCAAAGCUUCAAUCGGAAUCACGAUCUGAAGCGCCACAAACGUAUCCAUCUCGCCGUCAAGCCUUUCCCCUGCUCUCACUGUGACAAGAGCUUUUCGCGGAAAGACGCUCUCAAGCGACAUAUUUUGGUCAAAGGCUGUGGAAAGGAUGGCGAUUCGGAUGCGAAUAGCACCCAAGCUGGAGGCGACAUCAAGGGUGAGGGACGGAGUGAAGACGGUAGUCCCAUUCUUAAUGGACGGGCCUGA